UGGCCGAAUUACUGGCUAGCCAACAGCCGCCGUGUGGAGCAGUAUACUUUGAGAUUAUGACCAACGUUAUGCCAUAAUGACACGAGAUAUAAAAUAAUGAGGAACAAAAAUGGUGUGCAUGUUAUUGUGAAAGUGAAGUCUAUCGUCAACAAAUCUCCUGGCUCAUCUCGGAUCACGAGGUGUUAUGGGUUCGCCCUGCGUUACCUUGGAUGACAUCGCUGGUUUGGAAGAAGCAAAGGAGACACUGCAGGAGGCUGUGCGGCAGCACCUCACAGGUGUAGGGACUCAACCGAGGUCGGUCCUCCUCUAUGGGGCACCAGGCACAGGCAAAACCCUCCUACUCCGAGCAAUAGAGGGGGAGGUGGCCAGCUCGCAGUUCUACAGAGUCUCCUCUUAUGACCUGGUGUCCAGAUGGUUAGGCCAAAACCAAGAGCUGGUGAGGGAGUUGUUUGUGAGGGCAUGUACACACCAGCCCUCCGUCGUGUGUUUGGACGACGUGGAGGGUUUCUGUGGAGCUGAGGGAGAGGCGCCAAGGGAGGCUGCACGCAAGGAGCUGCUCUUGCAGAUGCAAGGUGCUUUACAGAAUAACGCUGGACUUCUAGUGCUUGGUGCCACAGCUGUGCCCUGGAGACUUGACUGUGAAGUUACAAGAAGCUUCGAGCAUCAUGUGUGUAUUCCCAUGCCUGGCGAUCGUAGCCGAGCGCUGAUCUUUAAGCAGCAACUGAAGGGUGUGUUAAACAGCCUGACUGAAGCAGACUUCACCAGUUUGGCGCUGAGGACCGACGGCUUUACCGGGGCCGACAUCAGCAUCCUCGUUCGGGACGCCCUUCUGCAGCCCGUCCGGAGAUUGCAGAGGGCCACCCACUUCAGAAGGGUGAGAGGACGCAGGUACAAUCAAGCCACUGAGGAGGAUGACCUUUUGACCCCUUGUUGUCCAGGAGACGCAGGAGCCAUAGAGAUGACCUGGGAGGAGGUGGUGGACUUAGCAGAGCCCAUCAUAUUUAUGGGGGAUUUGUUGAAGUCCUUUGAAAACACAAAGCCCUCUGUAGACCAGGGAUACCUGGAGAAGAUACAGAGGUUUACUGAGGAGGUGCAGUCGUCUAUGUAGACAGGCGCGCCUACAGGUGUACGGCCGUACGCUUACCAUCAGGCUACUCAAUGAGAGAGAAUUUCCCCUAUGUGUGUAUUCACAUCAAGUUGGCCUACCAUAACUUCCCAACUCUGCACAGUAUCCCAUUAACUGCAUGACAAUAGGCUAUUUACAUUUUUCUGUAAAAUAAACACAUUUUCAAAAUCAACUUAAUGCGGAACUAUACACACGCACAGCUUUUGUUUGAGAAGGAGAGGGAAUGACAGCACGCAGCGAUUGCAGAACUUGUAGGAUCCUUGUUGCUGGUUACCAGCACACAUUGUUAAGCUAAUUCACAACAAACUUGUCUGGUGUAUUGUCCAAACUGCCCAAUGUCUCUACAGAGAGAAAGGCAGAUCCUGAAGAUGUGAGUGUGAAACAAGUGUCUUACUGCAUGUUAAUGUGAUCAGAGAAGUGUUUGUUAGUCUGUUCUGAGUAUGUAUGUAUGUAUGUAUGUAUGUAUGUAUGUAUGUGUGUGUCUUGUGUGUGUAUGUGUUCCAGUUUCUCACCUUAACGACACUGGUGGACAUUCUGGGAGGUAAAGGAAAUGUGGUGUGUGUUUGCACACACAUACAAAAGUGUGUAAAAAACCUGUUUUUUUCAGUAUAAUAAGUUAUGCUACCCUGGCUUUAAAUUAAACAUACUGUAUAUGAAAAACAGAUCACGUCAGUUGGAAAUAAAUGUUCUGGUUUAUUAAAACUUUAAAACCAAAGAUUCAAGAAAA